GUACUAUAUAUUUUCAGAAAUAUAUGAAUUAAAAAUUCUUAUAAAAAUCAAAUAAUUAUUUUUAACUCGAAAGAUUGCAAGUAAUGAAAACGUUGACACCGAAACAAAAAGAAAGAAACGAAAGAAAAAAAAAGAAACUUGCUGCUUUGGCCAAUUUAGUGAAAUUAAACGAUAAAGAUCGUCAGGUAGUAGUAAUGCCGGAAAGCAAAGCGGAAAGUGAGGAGCUCGGCACAAAAGUGGAUGAUUAUGGAUUUACUAAGAUGAAUAAUAAAAAGAAGACAGGGAAGAACAAAGUCGCAAAUAGUGUACAUGCGUAUACACAUGGAGAGCCAAUAACCAAGAAACCUAAAGUAACAGAGGAUACAGCUUGUAUUAGUCAGAGCAGUGAUGUGUGUGGAGCGCAUGGAGACAGCAUGAAACAAAUUAAAUUAUCCGAAAAAGAAUAUAAAGAACUAAAAAAGGAGCUUAGAGAGCGUAAGCGUCAAUUAGAAAAUAUGCCUGCAGUUAGAUUAAAGGAUUUUGGGGAAAAGGCUUUACUAUCUGUGGAAGAUGAGGAACGAACACCAUUAUUUUUAACAGAUAUUCAACACUUAGCAAUGUUAGCUUUACUAGGUAAACAUUCACCGUGUUCGCCGGAACGUUGGUGCUGUUUUGAAAAAUCUAAACAGUUAUCCCAUACAGUGGUAUUAACCCUAGAAGGUCUCUCUUUGUAUCAUUAUCUCUCUAACGAAAACAAAUUUGAGGAAACAAAGAAAGUUUUUGAGACCCGCCUAGAGGUUAUAAUGCCACCAUGCAAAGAAGGUUCUAUAAUAGAAGAAUUGGCUCAAGUUCCCUUAACUUGUGUUCAGGCUGAGCAACUUAUUGAAAAACACGGCUCUUUGGAGGCAGCACUGGAACUUAACAAGGAUCCUACAUUGUUAAUCAAGAAUAUUUUUCCAGUCGCCAAUGCCCCAGUCGAAAUAACAGCCAAUGACUUGCAUCCAAAUGACAAAUUUCCCAGAACAAAGCUGUUAUUGUCUGCUCUACAAAUGGUAGACGAAGGUUACCCUAUGCCUUUAAGAGGCGAACUAAGCAAGCAUUUCGCCUCUUAUGUAUUUACAAAGCCUCAGUACACUCCAGUUACAAAUCGCAGCCCUCUCUUUGGCGUCGAUUGUGAAAUGUGCCGAACUGUGAAAGGUUACAAUGAGCUAACGCGUAUUUCUAUAGUAAAUGAAAAUUUAGAAACUGUGUAUGAAACUUUAGUAAGACCAAACAACAAAAUUAUUGACUAUCUAACACCCUAUUCCGGUAUUACACCAGAAAUUAUGAAGAGUGUUACAAAAACACUCAAGGAAGUUCAUAAAGAAGUGCAGGAGUUGUUACCGCCCGAUGCAAUUCUCGUCGGUCAAUCAUUAAAUUGCGAUUUAAAUGCAAUGCGUAUGAUGCACCCCUAUGUUAUUGAUACAAGCGUUUGCUUCAAUAUAAGUGGAGUACGGCGCCGCAAAUCCAAGCUUCAAAAACUGGCUUUAACCUUUUUAAAAGAAACUAUACAAGAACAUGAUGGUGGCCAUGAUUCUGUCGAAGAUUCCAUUUCCAGUUUAAAAUUGGUGAAAAUGAAACUUGCUAAUAGCGUUGAAUUUGGUGAUGAAGUUCUCACACAAAAGAAACGCGUGCAUGAUAUUAUUCGAGCGGCUAGUGGUGAUGCUGUCAAGAAUAAUCUUUUCGCUCAUGCAAGCAUACGGGACAAACGUACCGCGAUCAUAACAGCCAAAUCACUACCUAAGGCGGUCCAAGAACUUCUGAAACAAGCUGAUAAAGCCCAAGGCAAUAAUCCCAACAAGUCGGUGAUAAUGUUUGAAUUAGAGUCCAACAAGGAAGCGGUUCGAAAAACAAGGGAAAUUUGCCUAGAAAAUGCUUUGACACUUACUAACUUAUACGUAACUGCCGAUCAGUUGCUGCCUACCAGCAUGGAUAAUACUCUAGAACACGUGAAUAAGUGGAUUUCAAAAAUUUAUAAAAGUAUUGGUAACAAUGGUUUGUUCCUUGUACUGAUGGGUUGUGCUCCGGAAUGUUCAAGCGGCGUUGCAAUGUUUUCGAUAAAACGUAAUGCAGCUGAAGUUUCUACUCAAUUACCCUUCAUGGAUUAAUAUGUGUAUAUGUUCGAUUCUUCUAUGUACUCUUCACUAUCCUCUCUUACCGCUUAUCCUGUAUAAAACGAUUGUUUCAGAGCAAAAAGAAAAAAAAUGAAUGAAUAUAUUUUCGAGGAUUCUCUAUUUGGUUUUUAUAUGUGUAAAUAACUGCCUAAAAGUAUGUUAUAAAUUGAGAUGUUUUAUUGUUAAAAAAAAA